UCAUAAUGUAUUUAAUGUAAACAAUACAUCAACAGUAUCCGAUCUAGGCGCGGUCGAAUAUUUUUGUGAUGAAAGUUUUAAUGUUCUUCUAAUUUUUUUCGAUUUCUCAUUGAUUUGAGUCAACCAAAAAAUAGUUUCUCUUUCGGUUUUUAAAAAGAGAUAUCAAAAUUUUACCUCCACAAGGCUGCAAUCGCACCAUGCUCAAAGCAUCUCUUUUGGUCCUGGUCUUGGCGUUGAUUCACACAGGUGAUGCUGGGACGUACUGCUACCGAUGUGUUUCGACACACCCUGGAUGUGGAACGCCCUUCAAUUGGUACUGGCACACCGGGCAGUGGUGUCCGGAGGAGGAUGACAUGUGUGUCAAAAUCAUUGAGAGGAAAGGAGCAACUGAAAUGAUAACCAGAGACUGCCUGAGCACUGUCAAAUCAUUCAGAACCGAUGUCCCAGCAGAUCACUAUGAGGGCUGUCGUCCAGCAGCAAAAGACGUCAAGUUGGCUCAUUACGUCAACAAUUCCAUUAAUGAACUUGACAUAAGAAGGGAUCACUUUGACCAGACAACUUGGUGUUUCUGCUAUUUUGACUGGUGGUGCAAUAGUGCCCUCAUUAGCGUACCUUCCAAAGCUCUCAUGGCAACUGUAUUAGUUUUCAUCAAAUAUUUCCUCCAGUGAGACUUUAAAUAUUGACAUUUCACUUGUCUAGUGUCAAAAUUUAUGUUUGCAACCGUCGUGUUAUGAGGAUAAUUUUUUUAAGAAGAAAACUAAGCUAUCUUAAUUGCUGUAUAUUUUAUAAGAAUCGAUCCGAAUAGAUACAGCUAACAAUUCCGUCCAUUUUGACAACAUACAUGAAUAAAUAAACAUUAUUAUCUUAUAUAAA